AUGAGCGAACGGGAAGUUGCUUUCUUUGAUUUCAAAGAACAUGAACCUGGGAAUCUGCAGUUGGGAGGGAUGGUAGUGAGUUCUGAGACGCUGGAUUCCAUUAAAGAAUUGGCGUAUUUUAUUCUACCGAACGUUUCCAAUGAUUUUCGGAAAAACAAACAAGGAGCUACAUUCCUUGACCUCUCCGAGCAUAUCUACAACAUGCUCAACGGAAAAAUUUGGGUUGGACAUGAUAUUAUCAAACGAGACAUCCCAAGGUUGCGACGUGAAUUUAAGAAAAUUGGCAGAGACUUUCCUGAGCCCAAAUCUGUAGUUGAUACCGUUCUCUUCACCUCGUCCAACACGAGGCUAGCCAAACUUGCGGUAUACUGUAGUCUAGGUGAAACAAAACUCGGGAGCUGUUUCGAUUGCCGCAAGAAUCUUAAUUCAAUCAAGGAAUGUGAAACCAUCAAGUCAAUAGUUAGAGUGUUGAUUAACCUCAACGACGAAACUUUAAGCUGA